CGUCGGCAGUCCAUGCGGUCCAGCUCCCCCACGGAACAAGUUGCUGCUCCUGCAGCUCGCCAAACCUUACCAAACCCAACAGCGAUCAAUCCACUCCACGUAUCCCCUGCCCACCCGAACCAGCCCACCACCACCGCCCCCUCUCCAAUGCGCGCCGCCGAGCCCGAGCCGACUCCGCCGCCGCCGCCGCUGUCCCAGCCAAGGUAGCCAGCCAUGUACACGGUGCGCCCGCACGCGGCGACGUCGACGGUCAUCCUCAACUGCACGGAGGCACCGCUCGACUGCCUCCCGCUCUGCCCCGGCGGCGGCGAGGCGCCCUGCUCCGCGUACGCCCUGCCCCCGCCGCCCCCGCUCCCGGUGAUCCCGCGCGCGCCGGUCGCCGCCGACCGCCACGCGCCCGUGCGCCUCCUCCUCGUCAUCUCCCUGCUCUCCGCCUUCCUCUUCCUCUCGCUCGCGCUCUCCACGCUCCUCCUCUACCGCCGCCGCCGCCUCAUCCUGCGGCGCCGCCGACGCCUCGCGGCGGCGGCCGCCGCCGAAGGGGCCGACGACGACGACGGCGGCGGAGGGUUCGGCGACGAGGAGGAGGGCGGUGGAGGAGGGGUGGUGCACCACGUGUGGUACAUCCGGACGGUGGGGCUCGACGAGGCCACCAUCGCGUCCAUAGCCGCCGUGGAGUACCGCCGCGGGGUGGUGGGCCGGGGCGGGGACUGCGCGGUGUGCCUCGGCGAGUUCAGCGACGGGGAGCUGGUGCGCCUCCUCCCGCGCUGCGCGCACCCGUUCCACGCGCCCUGCAUCGACACCUGGCUCCGCGCCCACGUCAACUGCCCGAUCUGCCGUUCCCCCGUCGUCGUCGUUCCCUCCGAUCCCCCCGUCGCUGCCGCGGAGGCUGAGGCAGGUGAUGCCCAAUCGGGAGAACACCAUGUUCAUGAGGAAAUGUCGCUAUCCCAGUCUGAAUCGGAGACUGAGGGCUCGGAGGACUCUGAGGCCUCGUCAGCUACUCAAAGUGAAGGCACAACGGCUACAACGGAGGAGGAUGGAAGGGCCACGCCCAAGGCAAUUAGGCGCUCGGCGUCCAUGGAUUCUCCAUUGUUUCUCGUGGCUGUUCCUGAAGCUCAGGAUGAUGUCGUGCGGUAUAGUUGCAAGUUGCCAAAUGCCCGAGAGAUGAAGGUCUUCAGGGUCAAGGAGAAGGAGGCAGGCACUUCUUCGUCCUCUUGUCAGUCAGGCCGGUUCAAGAUUGGAAGGUCCAUGUCAAGCAGUGGCCAGGGGUUCUUCUUCUCACGGAAUGGCCGCUCCAGUGGUGCUGUGCUGCCACUGUGAGUCGGUAUGUUUGUACUGUCAAUGGGUUGCAGCCUCAGCAAAGCCGGGAGCUGGUAGUGUGUCAGUGUCUGUUGAUAGAAAGUGCAGAGAGCUGAAGUUGCUCUCAGAGAAAAUCUCCUUUGAGGUGUGAGUUAUUGAUGAGAGCAAUUGUUGCCGAUAAGGAUUGCUUGAGUGAUACGGUUAUGUUAGCUUUGAAGUCCCAAGUUUCCUGUAUGAUAACUUCAAGCUUGGCUUGAGUGAAUUUGGGGAAGCUGAUGUUUGGCUUCUCCAUACUUGUUAUGUACUAGUAGUCAUGCAAGAAGGAAUGGGCUUUCACCUAUAUCAACUCUAUUUGCCUUUAAAAAGGAAUGAAGCAAACAUACUAAAUUAAGAAUCUGUA